CUUCAAGUAACCCAGAUUCAUUUCCCCCAUGCCACUGGACGUGUGUAUUCAACCAGAACUUCCACAGUACAUAUGGCAGAACGUUUGCGUAGACAGCUAGCUCAAAAUGCUGAGCUAUUUGGAGUGGCACUCACGCAGGAGAAAGUCCCCAAUCGCUUUGAUACUCGCUUUGGCGCUCCAAAGAAUGUGAAGAUCGGCGAGACUUUUCCCAGUCGUGAAGCCGUGAGGGAGGCAGGACUUCACAAUUCAACAUUCGCUGGAAUAGCUCAUCAUAAUGGAUUCGCAUUUGCGAUCGUGUUAUCUGGUCGGUACGAGGAUGACAAAGAUGGCGGUGAAGAGAUUCUUUAUACAGGGACAGGUGGUCAGAGCGACUCUUUCAACAACCCUGGUCCUCAAGUCCAAGAUCAAACUUUCGAACACGACGCUAACAAAGCCUUGCAGAACUCAUGCAAACAUAAGGUUCCGAUUCGUGUCAUUCGAAAGGAUUCGCAUUAUUCCAAAUAUGCCCCAGGACUUGCGAAAGGUAACAAUCAGAUAUAUCGAUACGAUGGCUUGUACAGUGUCACAGAGGUAAUGUUUGUCCUUGAGCACCGCAAAGAUAAGAAUGGUCUACUUGACCGCGGGGUGUAAGGGCAAUGGAGGAGUUUAAGCGUUUGAUUCCUAGGUUUCCAAGAAACCUUUGUUCGUACCUUCUAUGAACGCAGUUACGCUGAUGUUUCAUCAAGGCCCACCACCCUGUUUGGUUUUGCUUUUCGAGUGGCACAUGAGGCUAACGUUCACUCUAGUGCUUCGAAGACAAGGGCGCAAGUGGAUACAAGAUUUGUCGAUUCAGGCUGGUUCGUUGCCCUGACCAGCCACCUCUCCCGACCUCCUAAAACUGAAGGUUGAAGUGCCGACCAACGACCCUUGUUAUGAUAUGCAUGUUAAUGAUAAGAAUCAUUGCCACUCCACCUAUUGAUACAAUUAGAAGAUGUUCAUAUACAUAUAUAGUAUUCGGAUGAAUUUUGAGAAGUUUGUACUUCA